AUGCCUUGGGUUGUCACAGAUCUUUUGGAUUUGAAUGUGAGAGAUAAGCCACAUCCAAGGGUGGUUCCCAGCAGCCAUGCAGUGAAAAGACAAUAUGUGGUUGCUAAUUUGGCUGACUACAUUGGUGUUGGGGACACCACAAACAGGAGAGCUCUCCUUCUUGGUCAUGUCAACAAGUGGGCUAAUGAUGUUGGCCCCAGUUCUGGCAACAAUAGUCCUCAAAACUCUGUUCCUUCCAACUCUCACUCCAAUUUGACACCCUGCUGUGGGGAGAGGGAUCUCCCUACACUAGGAGUGUCUGCACUAUUGGUUAUGAAGAAUAACAACUUUGAAGCCCCCAAGUUAGAGACAGAGAGAGCAAGCAGAGUAGCAGAUUCCUGCUCCCCACACCACCCACCAUCUUUGACUGUCCCUUCCUUAACCACUAAUGCUACCAGUGUCAGCUCAGCAGCAUCUGAUACAAUUCCAGUCUACAGCAGAACUCCCUUGAUAAUCCCAAGUGGUUUGCUGACUCAUGAUGAGAGUGGAGAUGAUGACAAAGAUCAACAGGGAGCUGUACCUGUCAGGUUCACAGGCUAUCACAAGACAAAGCUGGUUGCACACAUGGCCAAUGCCCAUUUUAACUUAGAACUUGAAGAGAGUGACAAUGAUUUCAACAGGCCCAUUUCCAACAUGGCCCUGGCCAGUUCUAAGUGCAAACAUACUGACCAUAGCUCUGAAUAUGUUGUGACAUCUGAGGUUGAUGAAGUGGAUGAUGAUGGCCACCAUGAUAGAAAUAUUCAUCUACACACACCAAAGGCCCCUGAGCACUGCCAUGUGACUGCAAUGCUGGUGAAGAAAGCAAAGACUAGUAACAACUUUAGUGAACAAGGAGCAAAUACUGCAACUUGUCUGCUUAUGGUGUGGUGCAGCAACUUUGGCUCCACUGCUAUCACAAUCAUAGCUCAUUUCCUUGUGGCAGGCCCUAUUAACAAUAUAGAUGCCAAGUCUAUGGACUUGCCUGCAAUUCAGGAGACAUGCAAUGACCUCCUGGAGAGGUUCUCAUUCUUGUGUCAAGACCUUGACCAUCAGAAUCCCACAAACACUUUCCACUCACAGUUCAUACUGCAGCUCCUUGCCCACACUCAUUUGCAAUCCUGUGUUGGAUGCCCUGAUAUCCCAGCACUCAGAAUGGAUACUUUGAAAGCAUUUGGUGUCCAAGGGGCCCUUGCCCUUUCUUGUGCUGUACUCAAGUGUGCCAUUCAGCUAUUCCAAAGGGGUGACAUGGACAUCAACAACCAGAUCAGUACCUGGGGCAAGGCCACUGUGAAGACUCCCCUCAAACUCAACAGGAUGUCUGGGAAGGAAUCAUUGGCUGCCCUGGCAUUCUUGGAGCAAAACUGGGGAAUGUGUACCAGGCACUAUUAUAUGUCAGUUGCUAAAUGUGAUCAUUUGGCACUGACAGAAAUCAUUUCCAUGGUAAAUGCCCUUGUCUCACCAGCCAUGGAUUCCUUGUUGGAUGAUGGUAGUCUCCAAGUUGAUUCAGUGGCAGAAGACCUUGCCACUUUGCUAUCACCUUCUGUCAGCCCCAACUCACAACUACAAUUUCUACAUUUGUUUAAUGUUUGGUACUCCUCCACUCUCAAUACCUAUCAUGUUUCUAACCUGAUAAGUGCAUGA